GGGAGGGACUGGAGCCCCGCGCCCGGAGCUGCCAGAUCCACCGCGGGAGGCGAGCCGCAGCCAGAGCAGCCUGAGCCGCUGCAGCAGUCGGAGCUCGCAGUUCCGCGUCCGCCGGCCUAUCGGAGUCUAUCCCUGCCACUGUAAGAGGCGAAGGGGACCUGGGGGAGGGGGGGCGGCUGCGACCUCCGAUCCCACGCUCGGAACACUGUGGACCCUGCCUGGCCUGGUCACGGCCUGAGCACCAAACACGCAGAAGGUCGGGGUCAGUCAGUGUCCUCAUUCUGACAGUCUGGGGAGCGAAGAUGGAAAAAAACAAACGGAUUCCUUGUAAACGCAUCGCGUGAGCUCAGGGCGCGGAGGAGAGAGAAGACCUCCCCUGGUGCGGGAGGUGCCCAGGUCUUACGAGGCCUCUGGGUGGGCACCAGCCAGUCCGGCAUCUUAGCAGCCACGACCUUCUUCCCUGACGGAACCAGAAUUAUCGGCUGGCUCAGAGUGUAGCACCUAAAGCGGUGCCCUCUCUUGUCUGAGGAGGAUCAGGACCUGGCUCAGCGAGUCCCUCCCUGGAAAGCCUGCCUCCUGCCCCAGCCCCACUGGUGCGGAUGUGCCGCUGCCCACUGGAGCACCAUGAAGGCAGGAUGACCUCAGCCGAAGCAGUAGCUGUGGCUGGAAGUGCCCAGGAGCAUGGCCGCCCCAAGUGGCCUCCGGACAAACCUCAGGUCCUUGGGCAGCCCGCUCCGGCGAGAGUGGUUGUGGCCGCACUGGUGUGGCUGUUGGCAGGAGCCAGCAUGUCGAGCCUCAACAAGUGGAUCUUCACAGUGCAUGGCUUCGGACGGCCCCUGCUACUGUCGGCACUGCACAUGCUGGCAGCUGCCGUGGCGUGCCACUGGGGGGCCCAGCGACCCAUGCCCCAUAGCAUCCACCGCCGAGUCCUUCUGCUCAGUCUCACCUUCGGUACCUCCAUGGCGUGCGGCAACGUGGGCCUGAGCACCGUACCCUUGGACCUAGCACAACUGGCCACCACCACCACACCACUGUUCACACUCGUUUUGUCUGCGUUGCUACUUGGCCGAAGACACCAUCCCCUGCAGUUUGCUGCCAUGGGCCCGCUCUGCCUAGGGGCUGCAUGCAGUCUGGCUGGCGAGCUCCGGGCACCCCCAGCUGGUUGCGGCUUCUUGCUGGUGGCCACCUGCCUCCGAGGCUUCAAGUCUGUUCAACAGAGUGCACUGCUGCAGGAAGAGAGGCUGGACGCGGUGACUCUACUGUACGCCACUUCUUUGCCCAGUUUCUGCCUGCUGGCAGGCGCGGCGCUGGUGCUGGAGGCCGGUGCAGCCCCACCGCUGCCUCCCACCGACUCCCGCCUCUGGGCCUGCGUCCUGCUCAGCUGCUUCUUGUCUGUGGUCUACAACCUGGCCAGCUUCUCCUUGCUGGCACUCACGUCUGCUCUCACUGUCCACGUGCUGGGCAACCUCACGGUUGUGGGCAACCUCAUCCUGUCCCGGCUCCUGUUCGGCAGUCACCUCAGCGCUCUCAGCUACGCGGGCAUCGCCCUCACCCUUUCGGGAAUGUUUCUUUAUCACAACUGUGAGUUGGUGGCCUCCUGGGCUACCCGCCGCCUGGGGUUGUGGAACAGGGACCAGCCUGGCAAAGGUCUUUGACACCUGGGGGAGCUCAUGGGCGAUACCUGGACAGCCCUGGCCUGAAUCUAACCUUGGACAACGGCCAUGAGGAAAGUGGAGAGGUGCUACGACCACCAGGCGCGGGGGCUGUCUGGGAGGCUACACACCUGGGACUUUCAGAGAGACCCACCUCCUGUCCCUGCCUGCCUCACCUCUCACGGCAAACCCUGCCACUGGAUGGCGGGUCCAAGUCUGGCACGUGUGCUUGUCAGAUGAAUUCGUGUCGACGACUAGGGUGGAGACUGCUGGGCAGACUUAGGAAACCUCAAAGUGUUAUGAUGAAGAUGAUGCCCAUGCACAAUCUUUCCUGGGGGGAGGGUAGGGGAGGCUGUGAAGGUCACCAGAGCAGGCUUCGUCAUGGCUGGACUCCCCUAAAGACGGGGUAGCCUGUGCCAACUUCAGGUAGCUGCUGCGCCUUCACUCUGGUGCCUCCCCCCUGGAUUUGGGUCUUCCAUCCCCAAUAAAGUAUUUUUUCUUGGCA